AUUGAAGACUUGCAAGACUUCAAGGAGAUCGUGAAGGAUUUUGAUGACGUGGCGGAUUUCCUGAUCGUUUACAUGGAGGAGGCGCAUCCUAUUGAAGGUUGGAGAAUAAGGGUAAGAUCCUUUGAUAGUUUGAGUCUGUAUAGAAAUGGUCUUAACACAAAGGGUUUGUUCAAGGUGAGUGCUCGUCUUUUCCUUCUUCUCUGCGAACUGUGGUAACCUCCCGGCGUUGAACCUUUCCUGAGUUAAAGUUGUUCAAAUUCCUCCGGGACGGGGGGAGCCCGGGGGGGGGGGGUACUCCCAUACAUUACCUAUACGGGUAUGUGCCGCCCAACGGGGUCGUGAUUUUAAAGCUCCUGGUUUAGAAAGGGGUAUCCAUUUCAGAGGCGUUUUCUAGAACGGGGUAUAAUAUUUCGAACGCAUGAAAGCUCCAGUUUUGUAAGCAGCCAUUUGAAAUUAUUCAAGGACAAAUUGCUUUUAAAAAUACGGCUCAAUGCGUUACUGAAGCAAACUGUUAUACUCUUGUUGCACCCUAGAAUGGAGUAUCAAAAAUUGGCCCAUUUCUAGAACGGGGUAUCAGUUUUAGGGCGAAUUCUAGAACGGGGUAUAAAAAAUUGGCCCAUUUCUAGGAUGGGGUAUCAAUUUUAGGGGAAUUUUUUUUUAGAACGGGGUGCCAAUCUGGAGUCCCGGGCGGCACAUACCCACCCAAAAAAUACCCAAGUGCCCCCCCCCCCCCCAGGGGGGGAGUCCCAUAUAAAAGUGACAGGGAUGCUUGUCGUAUCGCUUAGGUGUUUAAAUUGCAGAUUUGGUCUCACUUAAGGCUGGUUUUCUGUAGCAACGGAGUUGGAGUAGGAGUCGUAAUCAGAAGCGUAGAGCUUAUAUGAUCUAAUGAAAACCAGAUUGUCGGAGUCAGGAGCAAAAGCAGAAUAACUUAGAAACAAUCACAGAGUGUGGGAAUGUGCGUCGUGAUUGGUUUAUCCAUCUGCUUCUGCUUCCGACUCCGACAAUCUGGUUUUCACUAGAUCAUAAGUGGAAUGUAAGCGACAGAGUUAUAAUUGGAGUCGGGAGAACAAAUGGAAACGUUCUGAUUCUUCUGACGUGUUUUGACUCCGAUUCCGUAAUGCUUUUGACUCCAUGCACUCAGGACUCCGAUUUUUGAUUUUCACUAGGUCAUUUUGCUCUUAUGACUCCGUUUGCAACUCUGACUCUGACUCCGACUCCGUCACUAGUGAAAAUGAGCCUUUAGGGUCUUUGGGAUGGAAAGUCAGUACACUUGCCCUUUCAGGAACUGCUUAGAGCUGUGCAUAAAGAACUCUCCUUGGGAUUUUUAUGCACAUGCCAAAAAUGGUAAUGAAUGCUACAAAUAUUCUUGAGAAGAAAGGUAUCUUUGAUAGGGAUACAUUGCACAGGUUUUUAGGCCCUUUUUGUCUCCUUCAAUGUGAUGAUGAAGUUCUUGAAAUGAAAAAAACUUUUUUAAAAAUGCCCCACCCCACCCACAUAAUGUCAUAUUACUCCACCUAAUAACAAUGACUGUUGACAAUUUCUUGUCCCCACAGGGCUCAUCAACAAGUCAAAUACUAGGGGGUGUUUGUUUCAUAGACUCCUGUUGGAAGUUUCUGUCUUGCAAAGCUGGGUGGUAAUACCGAUACAUCAUACCCGGCCCAGCUUUGUUUGUUUAAUUGUUUGUUAGUUUAUGGUGACAUGUCAGUGCAAAAUGGCAACCAAACUGGAAAAACUGAAAACCAUACUGGCUACCAGUCCAAAAACCCACUUAUAUCAAGUUUAGGAAAAACUGUAGAGGACAACAAGUACAAUUUGUAGCAAAACUGAGUUUAAGCCAACCUUGAUUGGAAAGUGCCAAAACGUUGUCAAAUAAUUUACUUCAUGCACAUUUGCAUUAAAUUUCUUUUUGUUACUUAUUCUUCAUAAGGAUAAUUAUGAAAUCAAGGAGCACAGAAGCAUGGAGGAUCGUUUACAGGCUGCCCAGAUGUUAGCAUCGCUAGACCCCUUGGUACCUAUUGUUGUUGAUCCUCUUGAUAAUCAAGCUCUUACUGCAUAUGCGUCCUUUCCUGAGAGGCUUUAUAUUGUACAAGAUGGUAGAAUAGCAUAUGAGGGACGUGUUGGACCUGUGGGGUAUGAUCUCAAGGAGCUUCGACAUUGGUUAAAUGGUUGGAAAGGACAGCUAAAUGUCAGUCCAUAG